AUGACAGAAGUAAAAAAAUUAGGCGAUGCUAAAAAUGCAAAUUUCCCAGUUGAUGAAAGAAAUGCUGUAUAUCAUUUAGGUGUUGCAAAAGGGGAAUUAUCACAAAGAAUUUUAACAGUUGGAGAUUCAGAACGUGCAUCAAGACUUACAAAAGAAUUAUUAGAAGAAGUUGAAGAAGAAAAAGCACAUAGAGGAUUUGUAAUUCAUACUGGUAAAUAUAAGGGAGUUAGAGUAUCAAUUGUAUCAAUUGGUAUGGGUACACCAAUGAUGGACUUUUUAGUUAGAGAGGGUAGAUUUGUUGUAGAUGGACCAAUGGCAAUCAUUAGAUAUGGUACAUGUGGCUCUAUUAAAGAUGUUGAAGUUGGUUCAUUGGCAAUUGCAGAAUCAUCGAUUUUAAUUCGUAGAAAUCCAGAUUUCUGGCACUCUGAUAAUAAUAAAGAUCAAACUAAAUGCAAACCAUAUGACAUUUCAAAACCAGUUGCAGGUGAUAAAGAGUUGAUCGAUUUAUUAAAGAAUGACUUUGAAUCAAUUUUCAAAGAUAGAAAAACAGUCGUUGGUAUUAAUGCAUCAGCCGAUUCAUUCUAUAGUAGUCAAGGUAGAAUCGACCCAGAAUUUGAUGAUUUCAAUGAACAAUUAAUUGAAAAUAUCAUUGAUCUAUAUGAGAAUAAAGUAAACACCUUGGAAAUGGAAACUUUCCAAUUAUAUCAUUUAGCAACACGUUCAAAACAACCAAUUAAAGCUGCUUCUUCUACAAUCAUUUUAGCAAAUCGUGUCACUCAAGCUUUCUUAGAUAAUAAUACAAAAGUUAAAUUAGAAAUUGAAGGUGGUAGAGCUUGUUUAGAAUCAUUAAUUAAAGUUAAUUUAAAUUAA